GGGGACCAGAGGCAGAGACUUAGUACAGCACGGCCUUUUUAUAUUUUGUAUGAGCACAACACAUUGAUCUGUGAAGAUGUGGACGGGUAUAGGGAAACUGCUGCUUUUACUUAUGAUGCUCGUGGGAUUUCUGCUGGUAAACGGGACUACGCCGGACUGUGAAAGCGGCCAGUUUCAGUGCAGAAACGGCAGGUGCAUUCCGACUCCGUGGAGAUGUGAUGAUGACGACGACUGCUCGGACAACAGCGAUGAGGAGAACUGCCCAAAAAAGACCUGUGCCACGACAGACUUUGCAUGUAAGAAUGGGCAGUGUGUCCCAGCCCGCUGGAGGUGUGAUGGAGAACCUGAGUGUCCAGACGAGUCAGAUGAAGCAGACUCCACCUGCAGUCAACAGACAUGUCCACCAGAGAAGUUUGACUGUGGUGGCUCGACCAGCAAGUGUGUGUCAUUGUCAUGGCGCUGUGAUGGAGAAAAGGACUGUGAAAAUGGAGCAGAUGAGGAGCAGUGUGCCGCAGAUGCCAAGGCCUGCCCAGCUAAAGAGUUCCAGUGCCGUAACCGUCUAUGCGUGGCUCCCACAUUUGUCUGCGAUGGGGACAAUGACUGUGGUGACGGCAGUGACGAGGAGAAGUGCACUGCAGCCACUGCCAGCACCUGCGGCCCUCAUGAGUUCCGCUGCAAUGACUCGGAAUGCAUCCCAGCACUGUGGAGCUGCGACGGAGACCCAGACUGCAGAGACAAGUCGGACGAGUCUCUGGAGCGGUGCAGUCGCAGGACAGAACCUCAGAAGCCCCACUGCCCUGCGGGAGAGUUCCGCUGCAGAAGCGGAGAGUGCAUUCAUCUCAACUGGAAAUGCGAUGGAGAUGCAGACUGCAAGGACAAGUCUGAUGAGGCCAACUGUCCUCUGCUGACUUGCCGUCCUGAUGAGUUCCAGUGCGGCGAUGGCUCAUGCAUUCAUGGCACUAAACAGUGUAACAAAGUCCACGACUGUCCAGAUUUCAGUGAUGAGGCUGGCUGCAUCAAUAAAACCACAAAAUGUGAAGGUCCUCUGAAGUUCCUGUGUAAGAGCGGAGAGUGUAUUGAAAGCAGUAAGGUGUGCGACAGUAUCAAGGACUGCAAGGACUGGUCUGACGAGCCUGUAAAGGAGUGCGCUCUGAAUGAAUGUUCCAACAACAACGGCGGCUGCUCUCACAUAUGUAAGGACCGGCGGAUUGGCUAUGAAUGUGAAUGCCCCUCAGGCUACAAGCUGCUGGACAAGAACACUUGUGGAGACAUAGAUGAAUGUGAGAACCCUGAAACCUGCAGUCAGAUAUGUAUCAACCUCAAAGGUGACUACAAAUGUGAAUGCUACGAGGGCUAUGAGAUGGACCCAGUUACUAAGACUUGCAAAGCAGUGGGUAAAAGCCCAUACCUCAUGUUUACUAACCGCCAUGAGAUCCGUCGAAUUGAUCUGUUGAAGAAGGACUAUACGCAGGUAGUGCCGACCCUGAAGAAUGCUGUGGCUCUAGAUGUGGAUGUUACCACCAACAAGAUGUAUUGGUGUGACCUCUACCAUCGCAAAAUCUACAGUGCAUAUAUCAACAAAGCCAGCGAUUCUUCUCAACAGAUCACUCUCAUCGACACUGCACUGCAAUCCCCGGAGGGCUUAGCAGUUGACUGGGUCCAUAAGAACAUCUACUGGACCGACUCUGGGCACAAGAUUAUCUCUGUCGCAACUGGCGAUGGCAAGAAGAGGAAGGUGUUGAUUGACACAGAGCUCGUUGAACCACGAGCCAUCGCUGUUGACCCAAGACAAGGUUUCAUGUACUGGUCAGAUUGGGGAACGCAGGCCAAGAUUGAGAAAGCCGGAAUGAACGGAGUGGAUCGACAGGUUCUGGUUUCAGAGAGGAUCGAGUGGCCCAAUGGGAUUGCGCUCGACCUGUCCAGCAGACGACUUUACUGGGUAGACUCCAAACUUCAUUUGAUCUCCAGUGUGGACCUGAACGGAGACAACCGCAGAGUCUUACUCUCCUCAGUGGAUCAUCUAGGUCAUCCCUUUGCUCUCACGUUGUUUGAGGACCGGGUGUACUGGACAGAUCUGGAGGAUGAGGCCAUCUACAGUGUAAACCGGCUGACGGGGCAUGAUGUUGCAAUGCUGGCUCAGCAUCUCAACAACCCACUGGAUGUGGUGGUGUUCCACGAGCUCCGGCAGCCUACAGCUCCAGACACUUGUAACAUGGGGAGUUUGCCCAAUGGAGGCUGUGAGUAUCUGUGUCUCAGAGCUCCUCAGAUCACAGAUCACUCACCUAAGUACACAUGUGCCUGCCCAGACAGCAUGGAACUGGGCCCAGACAUGCGCCGCUGUGUGCCAGUCAAACUCAAGAUGACAACUGCUGCAAGUACAACUACUACAACACUAGAACCAUACACCACUACUACUACUACAAAUAAAACUACAAUCACCACUCCACCCACAACCACCACUACAACCUCUACAACUACACCUACAAAUACAUCAACAUUAAUGACUACAACCAGCCCUGUUCCCAUGACAAUCAGCACAAGCCCUUCCACUCACUCCAGCACACGCCAUUCCACCACCACACACUCCAUGGCCACCUCCACCACAACAACCACUCAGCCCCGCACUACAGCACCAUGGAAACCACCAACCUCCAGCCAGACAACAACAGACCACAGACAGACAUCUACAACCGUCACCCACGGCAACAGCAUACAAGGGGCAAAUGCCAACCUCUCUCAUCGCGCUGGAAGUGGAAAUGACCACUUCGUCCUCGGUAACAAUAUAACUGUUGCAGUUCUGGGUAUAGUUAUUCCAAUAGUUCCUAUCCUUGCUACAGUGGUCAUCGGCCUGAUGUGUACCGGAGGAUACCUGGUGUGGCGCAACUGGAGGAGGCGGAACACCAAGAGCAUGAACUUCGACAACCCCGUUUACCGCAAGACCACAGAGGACGAUGACGACGAAAUCCACAUCGGCCGCAGCGAGCAGAUCGGACACGUUUAUCCUGCUGUGAGUGGCAGUGCCAGACAGCCAUACCUAGCACUGCCACUGGGGGGCAGUAUCCCAGACCCACAAGCUCAUUGGUACUCAGGAGCACCUAUGCUUUCAAGUACAAAGUGAACAAAGGGAGGAAGGCAUUUGGAUAGUUAUAAAAGGAGGGCGGGGCUAAGACCCCAAGCUCAUAGUGCGACUAAGAGAGAGAAUGGCACUAUGCUGUCUCUUAUAUAUUUUACUUUGCAUAAUGAGUUCGCCAUUCAUCCACCACCUCUUUCCAUAAUAAUUAUACUCAUAAUUUAUUUAUUUUAAUUUAAUUGUGUUAAAUUAGUGUAAGAAUUACCAUGUAAGGAUUAGUUCAUUGUUUGUUUGUAUUUUAUAGUCUAGUUUCUGUGUUGUGUGUUUGUAAAGCUUUAAAUGCUUUCUUUGUUUGAAAGCAUUUGAAUUGUGCUCUCCCAUUAUCCCAUAGUUGUUUUUUUAUUUAAAAAAAAUAAAUAAUUAUAAUUGCUUUAGGGAUGAGCAGUGAGCACCUUAAAUGACAGGACAAUCUUUUUAAUAUAAAAUCAUUUAUUUAUUUAGGUUUUUAGCUGUUUAUUUAUUAGAGUGGUGUAAUAAUUUAUUCAUAUAUUUUACUAAUUGUAGGCCUGGGCCGAAAAAGUAAAUAUGAAGUUGGAUCUGAUAUCUAAGCAUCCUUUAAACAAGAUAAAUUUACUUGAGAAGCAAAAUUGUGAAUUUUCCUUUAAUUAGGUUUAUUUUUCUUACCCCAUUGACUAUUUGUUUUACUUGUUUUAAGCAUAAACCUCAUUAAAUGUAGUUAGAUUAUGCUUCAAGUAAAUUAAAGCAUAGUUAUGAAAAAAAAAAAAAAUCUGGUAAGAAGCAUAAACUUAAUUCAAUUCUCAUGUCUUAUGUCUUAAUACUGAUCACUGUUAAUUCGGCAACAGUAGGUCGAAAGGUUUGCUUCUGAAAUAAGUCUGUACUUACUGAAAAUCAAACCACUGCUCCCAGUGGCCAAAGCUGGAAGUGUUGUUGAACGUAUAGGCACGCGUGAGCUCCACUUUUCCAGGUGAAAUGUCCACAGAGUGGUGCCAAAAGUGAGUUAUAAUUCAGUCAACAGGAAUGCAUAUUUUAUCAACUCUAGCCCAAAUUCCAACCCUAAACCUAACCAUCAGUAGACUAAAAAAUUUAUUUUAGAGCAAAAAUGCAAUCUCCUUGCUCUGAUUAUUGUUUAUCUGAUCGCAAUUACUUCCUGGUUCCCACGGGACUAGAACAUGUAUUUUGGAGGUUGCCUAGGAAAGAUGUUGAUGCUUCAGUUGAAUGCAAAAAUGUCUGAUGGGGGUUGGCACUUGUCAGUAAUUCGGCUGAAUGGGGAUGAUUUCAGGGUACAUGAACUUUCGGAAGCAACAUGUCGAUUUCUCGUGUGAUCAUGUUGUAAUAUCUUGCUUGUCAAGUACAUUUAUCUUGUUUUAAGUAUUUUGAGCUAUUUUACUGGCAAACAGGGCAGAAUACUGAUAAAUAAAGUGAAGAUAGGAAAACGGAGGGCUCGUGACAGAGUGAUAUGGUGAAGCUGAGGUUCCUUUGCUACAGUCGGCAUGUCAAGCACAAUCACAGAUAAAGAUAUCAGUGAAGUAGCAGCAGCGGGGUGGGCCAUCCCAGUGGCAUAACAGGAUUCUCUCCAGUGCCCUGCACAUCACACUCAUCACAGUGUGUGUGGGGGGGAUCUGCAUAUUGGAUGUAUCUGAAUCCUUGUCUCCUUCUCCGUGGGUUUUCUCUGUCUCUCUCUCUCUCCCUUUAUUUUGAUCUCACACCCUUCCACUCUCUCCUAAUUUAUGCAUUUAUUUCUCUUCUCCUCUCUCUCACAAUGAAUAACUGUUUUUUAUCUGCUCUCUGCAGCGCGUGGCGCUCAGUCUGGACGAUGACGGAUUCCCCUGAGGGCGAUUCUCGCUCUCUCAUUCUCUCCUUCUCCAUCCGCCCUUUAUUCCUCCGUCUCUCCUUCCAUCGGUACACCCCUUGGUCUCCUGAGGAGAUCACAUAACCACAGAGAGCCAAAAGGACACAAGAGCACUCGCUCUUCGCAUCUGAGAGCUACAAAAUGGGUUUGUCUUCUCGUAGUGUCUUUUUCAGCCCAUAAUCUCUCAAUCAAUCUAACUUGGGCAAUAAUCACUACUAGUGAAAUUAAAACUACUUACACUAGCAUCAUCUCUGCUCUGUGUCACUAGUAGUAGGUAGUGCUGUUUAAUGAUAACUAACCUCAUAGCUCAUCAUGUCAGUAGUUGCUAACAGUUAAUAGCUCUCCCACUGUGCUGCAAUUAUUUUAAUUAGAAAUAUGUUUAUUGCUGGUUUAAGGGUUAAGUUGGAUUGAGCUAGGCUAUGGGUUCAGGAGGAGCUUCUUUGUGGGCAUGACAGUGCCAAGAGAGCAUUGCCACCCAGAAAAGCAAUAGGGCAGAAUUCAAUGGAGAGAAUAGUGGGUAUCCAGCCUGUUGGCAUGGGACACAGAAGUAAAAUAGUCAAAUAGGAUGGGGGAGGGAAUGGAAGGGAUUCAUAUAUGCAGUCAUACACUCAAACCUGCACACACUCCUAAAAAACAGUAAUGCAUGCUGAAAAAUAAUUUGACAGAAUAUAUAUAGUUUUGUAUCCUUCAGUAUACUUCCAGAGCCAAACAUACUCUUCCUUAAUGUCUUCCAUGUGCACUUAAAGGAUUAGUUCAGGCUAAAAUUCUGUCAUCAUUUACUCACCUUCUUGAAGUUCCAAACCUGUAUGACUUUCUUCCAUGGAAUUGAAAGUGAAUGGAAACUGAGGCUAAGAUUUUGCCUAACAUUUCCUUUUGUGUUCCACGAAAGAAAGUAAGUCACCCACAUUAAGGUGAGUAAUUGAUGGCAGAAUUUUCAUUUUUACCAAUUGUGAGAGGCAAUACAGUAUAUAUUUCCCCAUUUCUGGGACUUCCAUGUCUCUAGCUUCUCAGUUCCUAGGCACUUUUGAGCCAAAACAGGACCAACUACAAUCUUCCUGCCCAGGCACAUAUCUAUCCUGUAAAUUUAGCUCAGGGCAUUCGUUUCAAUACAGUUACUAGUACAAUCUGUGUGGUUGUGUUAUCACAAACACACUAAUAGAUACAGAUCUAUUCACUCGCACACAAACACACUCACGAACAUGAGUCCUCUCCUUCCCUACACUCAUCAUGCCUUGGGUAAAAGCAUUUAGCAUAGUGACGACAAGGCACUGCUUGCAUUAUUGCAUGGCUUAAUGGCAUGAUAGAUUACAGUCAUAGAUCAAAUCUUUGCUCCUCUGAACAGUCAUCUGUUCAGUGAGGAGUGCCUGAACAUAUAGGCUUCCUGUACAUAGCCAAGUACAUCAAACUCUCUUCACAAGAUGAAUGAGGUCUCAGUUAUUUCUGUCACUGUCACAGGGACACUAGCGGCUGAUUGAUUGGACAGCUGUAAGAAACAGUUUUUGACCUACCUGCUGAAAAAGAGUUUAAACCAGCUUUUGGGGGUAUGCUGGACUUAGUUGGCCACAAAGCUGGUUUGUCUAGUCUUUUUGAUGGUUUUAAAGAGGUUUUGGAUACCUGUCAGCAGGUUCGACAGAGAGAUUAGCUAAACACCAGCUUGGCCAGGCUGGGAGACCAGCUAUGCAAGCUUAAACCAGUUAAGACCAGCAAAAUUAGACUAACUUUGUCACACAAAGGACGAUGCAUUGGACAAAGUGGACAAAUGAGAUCGAACCUCUCCUUGAACAGUAUUCCUGCUUGCUGGAUUUAAUAAAACCUGGUUAAAGGAUAGUUCACCCAAAAAUGAAAAUUCUCUCAUCAUUUAC